GUUAAAAAAUCCCACUUGUAAUUUUCAAACUUAGCGGUUAAAGCUGUCAUUUAAUGCCGUCACUUUCCGCUAGAUGAGCCCAACAUCAACUCUUUUUUCGCGUAGAUGAAGUAGCGUAAGCGUGGCUAAUCAAGGUACAAAGAGGAAAAUGAGCAGCUCAGAGGAGGUUUCGUGGAUUUCAUGGUUUUGCGGACUUAGAGGAAAUGAAUUCUUUUGCGAAGUGGAUGAGGAUUAUAUACAGGACAAAUUUAACUUGACGGGCUUGAAUGAGCAAGUUCCGCACUACAGGCAAGCUCUUGAUAUGAUACUAGACUUAGAACCGGAUGAUGAACUUGACGAUAAUCCGAACCAAUCCGACCUGAUUGAGCAAGCGGCCGAGAUGCUUUAUGGGUUAAUACACGCUAGGUACAUUUUAACAAAUCGGGGGAUCGCCCAAAUGAUUGAAAAAUACCAGUCUGGGGAUUUUGGGUAUUGUCCACGAGUUUACUGCGAAUCGCAGGCAAUGCUGCCUUUGGGGCUGUCUGAUGUACCUGGGGAGGCAAUGGUCAAGUCAUAUUGCCCCAAAUGUAUGGAUGUGUACACACCAAAGUCUUCAAGGCACCACCAUACAGAUGGGGCCUAUUUUGGGACAGGUUUCCCUCACAUGCUCUUCAUGGUGCACCCAGAAUACAGGCCAAAGCGUCCAACAAAUCAAUUUGUUCCUAGGUUAUUUGGUUUUAAAAUUCAUCCCCUUGCUUACCAGUUGCAACAGCAAGCAGCCUCGACUUUUAAGGCGCCUCUGAGAAGUUUGAACUUUAAUAAUGGUAAACGUUAAUUUAAAAGGUGUAUACAUUUGAUUUAAUUUAUUUCUACCCCAAAUUUGUGUAUUCUUGUAUGUAUGAAAUUAAAUCUUGAUUAUUUUCUUUCAUACUUUUGUAUGGCGUUAACUUUGCAUAAGGUUAAAAAUGUGCAAAAAUUCCAUCAUUUUUAUAAAUAGGGUUCAAUGUAUAAUAAAUUUCCCAGUUUUGUUUUUAUAAAUGUAAGGAUAGUUUAAUUUAGAAGCGUCACCGGUUUCGUGUAAAAUUAACUAGCAUUCAAGUUUGUAAAUAACUGAUUAAAAAAUUCAGAUGAGUUGGUGUGUCAUGCCUGAGCUUAAUUAGUAAAUAGAGUGGUCAAAAGUCUGAAUUUUUCAAUCACACAGCGUAAUCUAAGAUGUAUAAAUAACACAUUUUAAAUAAAACAUAGGAAGCAAACCUAGGUUCUGUAUUUUUACUUAAGGUAAUCACAACCAAGACUAAGUUAUGAAUUCGCAUGUUAUCAAAUAAAAUUUUCUGUUUUU